ACUAAUUGUAGUGACUUUUAAGUAUAAAGAUAUAGUAAUUUAUUGGCAAAUAUUUUAAAGAUUCUGCGAUUUUUUAAUUUAAAUAAAUUCCCUGAUAAAUUCAUUAAAUUUAAGAAAAACUAUUUGAAAAAGAAAUUUGUGAAUUCUGUUAAUGAUGAUCAUCAUUAAGAAGCGUAAAAAUAAUAUCAAUGGCCAAAGUGAUUUAAAAGCCUAAGAGCGAUUGCUUUACAUACCAAAGAUCCUGUGCUGAGUCGACUUCUUUAUACAAAAGCAAUUCCAGAGUUGGCUCAGUUAUGAGUCAAGUCGAAUCAACUUGAGUCGACUCGAACCCUAUCGACUUCGAGCUCUACCAAAGCCCUGUAGUUUCGAAUUCUUUCGCACAUGACCUGUUAUCAAGGCGUGGAAACUAUCCCAAAAAUCCCAUUUAUCCCAUAUAUCCCAAAAAUAUUCAAAAUAAUCCCUGAGCCUGUAUGCAUUAGAAUUGAAAUCACAUCAUAUCCUGAAGUUACACGUCCAAUACACUAAGGAUACGUUGGGAUAUCUUUACUAUCGUACAUCAUGCUCAGGAAUUUUUUGAAUAUUUUUGGGAUAUGUGGGAUAGAUAUGAUAUUUGGGAUAGUUUCCACACAUUGCCUUUUAUCCUUUGCUAGGUGAAUUUGGAUAAACUAGCAAUUGUAUGACUGCAUUAGGGUAUCUUACACACACGAUACUAAUUGUGACUAGAUUCACCAAAAUGGAUAUUAACGAUAAAAGUCAACAACAUACAAAGUUUAAAGAUGAAUAUGCAGCAACAUAUCCAACAUCAUCGAAUUAUAUCGAAAUCAAGAAAAGCUGCAAAGUCAUGAGAUUUACUACAGAAUGUGGUUUUAACAAAAUCUUGUCAUUUAUCUCAAAAAUAAAUGAUUUUCCAAACUUAUUCAUCUUUGUUAUUGAAAUUGAGAAUAUUGGACUUUAUAAAGAAAAUAUUCAAACAUUAAAAAAUAUUUUAUUGGAUAUUGAACGACCGAUUAUAAUACAAGUUAUAGCAAAAAUUGAUAACCAAAAAUUAUUUUAUUAUAAAAAAGAAAAUGAUAAACAAUUUUAUGAAGUUAAAGUGGAUCAAAAUGGCGAUAAAAACUUUAAUACUUUCGAAUCUUAUCUUAAUUGUUUUGCGACUGAAAAUGUUGAAAAAUAUGAAGACAAAUUCAAUGAAAUCCUUCUAAAUACUGAAAAUUCAACGUUAAUUUUGAGGUUUUUGCGGACACUAGACUUAUCUGAUAGACUUUUUAUGGAUUUAAUAUAUAAUUGUGCAGAAAGUGGAUCAAAAGCUGAUUUUCUAGCAGCACUAGAUGCACCUUUUGAAGGUGAAAGAAGAUUCUUUAUACCAGAUGCUGAUUAUUACUUAUGCGAGACUAUAAAUGACAAUGAAACAACGAUUUCUGUUCUCUACACAGCCAUCCAAAAUUCAAAUGGAGACGUCGUCAAUUACUUAAUAACUCAUUGUACUCAUUUGAUCGAGCUACUUCCAUUUGAACAUCGAAUUGACAUCUCUACAGCUGCUUUUAACAAAGAAAAGUUUGAUGUUUUGUGUGACUUGCUAGAAUACUCAGACUUCCCGUUUCCUAGAAAUAUUGCAAAUCAUCCAGUUACUCAUGAGAGGCUUACUCAAAUAUGCAAAGAAAGAAAUCAAUUCCAUGAAGCAAUACGUAAUAAAAUCGAAGCAAAUGUGAAUUACUUCACUGAUACAUAUUUUAAUAAUAAAAUGGCUUAUGACACAAACAACAAAACAGCAUUAUUCAAGGCUAUAACUUCAAGGAACUUUGAAGUGUACUGUAGACUCAAAUCUCUUGGGUUCAAAUCAGAGUACUCCGAAAAAUGCGAGGAAUAUGAAUCAAAAUUGACAGGACGAGAGAAGGAACUGCUGUCAAAACAGGAAAGAAUUCAAACUAAAAUUAAUGCUGAUUGCUCGAUCUCUGACAGUAAGAAGUAUAUAAGUCUUUUAUCAGCAAGGUCCUUAAUCCAUAAUAGAAAGGUCAAUAAAUCAGAAGAAAUUAAAUAUCGUAAGCAGAUUGUAAAGUGGCUUGAAGAGCUUUCCAAGAUUGAAGUUUGUAAAGCUUUCUUAGAUGCUGCAGCUCAGUGCGAGGAUUUGAAAAUUAUUUUUGACUUUGAAAGCUUGUCCGUUGAUAAUGUUGAUCUAAAAGGAAAAGGAGCUGUAGGAACUACAUAUGCAGCAGCAAAAUACAUAUUCAUAGCUGCCAAGUUGAAAGAUAAAGAUCGUGAACAGAAUAUCAAAGGUGUCUUAAUUCACGAAAUUUGUCACUAUGUAAUGCGAUUAGUUUAUGAGAAUAACGAAGAACCUUAUUACAAGAAUGACAAGAUUUCAAAGAAAAAGUUUGAUCAGAUUGUCAGUAUGUAUGAUAAGUUUAGAAGUCCUGAUACUAAUGAUAUACUUGAUGACAAAUGUGGAGGCAUAAUAAGCACAGUUUACACACUAUAUCCUCAAAUUAAUUAUACUGCUGAGUUGGUAGUCCGACCUGCUCAGAUCUUGGCGAAAUAUGACGACAAUGAUGAACAUACGAAUGUUUUACAAGCUGAAUAUAAACCUUUAUUUGACUAUGUUACCGAAAAUGUUUUACCUGAAUUAAGAAAGUUUGACCUUCGCCAUCGAAGCAGUGUUAGAAAGUUGAAUAAAAUUGUGGGACACCUGGAUGCUAUUAAGGAAGAAGCUUUUGUGUUUACUGAAUCAAAAGUUUCAAUUAGCAAUAAUUUGAAUUUUGAGUCAUACGUCAUGACAUCAAAUGUACCAAAACUUCUUCUCAGUGACUUGUUCAAUAGUUUUAAACUUGAAUACUUGCCAGAUACUAAAACUGUAUUCAUUAGACCUCAAGACUGUAAAAAUCAAUCAAUUUUCGAUGCAUACAGUCAAAUAGUAUCUAAUAGUAAUGAAAUUAGGGUCAUUAUUGAUUGUUCCAAAGGAAUGGGUCCAAAACUCGAGGAUUUAUUGCCUAAAUUUAAUCUAAUCAUCAUUGUAUCUAAUGAGCAUCAUUCUCGAGAAGUUAUGAAAUUAUAUUCUAAGAAAUUCAACAAAUCAAUAGAUCCAAAGGUGAUAAAUUAUAGAUUUUGUGACUUAACACCAGAAAAUCAGCUCUACUUACUUCAAACUGAGGUUCAAUUCCAAAAUGAGAAGUUGAAUUUACAUAACUUACUAAGCAAUCAAAUAACACAGGUUGAUGAAUGCUUCCUAGAAAUUGUUGAUGAUAAGCUGCUUAAAUUGUUAGUCGACGAAUUUGAAAUUCAAAUAAAUGUCAAAUUUGAGUGUGAAAAAUACUUUCAAGCUCUAUACCGUUCGAGGAAUUUAAUAGAGCAUAACAAUGACAACUUAGGAUCAAAACAAAAGUUUACACAAGAAGAAUUUUUAAAAGCCGUUCAAGACGACAAGAGCAUCAUUAUCUCAGAUAUUGGAGGGAAUGGAAAGAGCUGGACAUUAAAAAAUAUAACAAUCAAAUUAAGAAAACAGAAACCUUCAAAGUGGGUAUCGUACAUCCACUUAAGGAUGUUUGAGAAUAUUUUUGAUUCCAAAAAAACCAAUUCUAACUUUUUACAAUUCAUGUCAGUGAACGUCCUUUCAUGUAAUACCUACGAACGAGCAAUCUUCAAGAGAUUAUACAAAACUGGCAAUUGUUGCAUUCUGUUGGAUGGUUAUGAUGAGCUAAAUUUGACUUCUCGAGAAUUUGUGAAGGAAUUAAUGAUGUCAUUUAAGAAUUAUGGUGGAAAUCAGAUUUGGGUUGCAACUAGGGACAUUUUUAAAGAUGAGCUACAAACUGUGCUACAUACUAAAGUCGUGUACAAACCAGCUGAGUUCACAGUUGAUGAUGCAAUAGAAUUUAUUAAAACAACCUGGAUGUUAAGUGAUAUUGAAAAGGAACUAAAGAUUGUACAGGAAUUUGAAGUUUUAAAAAUAUUGAGGACUAAGGAUAGUCAAAUGUAUCAAAGUUAUGCUGAAAACUUAGUCAGUAAAAUCUUCAACUCUAAAUUCCUUAAAACUGGAUUGCCAAAUAUUUGUAAAAUUGCUGCAGACAUUUUCAAAGAUCAAGAUGACAAAAGUAUGGUCUACAGCUUAAAUGUUGAUAUGAUUUACGAUGAGUAUGUCAAAAAUAAAUAUCAUGAUUGGUCAAAUGGAACAAGGAGGCAAAGCAAUAGCUCAACAGACAGCGAGACAUUUCUUGCAAUUAAUCAGUAUCAAGCAGUUAAGAAUAUCUGUCCGAUGCUAACUCCGAUAUGUGAUUUAGUGUAUAAAAAUGUGAAAUUUCACGAUGAAGAUGUCAUUGCGUGUGGAUUGACUAGUCGAAGGAAUGACAACAUAAUUUUUGAGCAUGAAAGCUUCAAUGAAUAUUUUUUACUGAGCUUUUUAGCAAAAGUCAUCAAGAAUUUUAGAGAUAUUUUCAUUAAACUAGGAUUUGAAGAUAUUAUUAAGAACUUAAUGAUCCAGUUCUUUAAUUCACGUAAAUUUGACAUUUUUCGGUCAGUUGCUGAUAACGUACUUAAUGAUAUUCAUGAAGUUGAUGAAGUUAAGCAGUUCUUUCUUAAAUUUUUCAACAUUCCUAACCAAAAUGUUGACACAGUUGAUUUUUUGUUUAAAAUGGUGGAAGAAUUUUAUGCUGCACCCCAAAAAAGUCAAAAUAUUGUCAUGUUAACACAAGUUGUCAAUAACUGGUUUGGAGAGAAGAAAUUUGUCAAAGAAGGCAUGGAAUUUUUCAAUAAAUUCCCAGAAAUUUCAGAAGGAUUCAGCUCUAUUGCCAAUAAAUUCAUCUACAAAGCCGGUAGAAAAUUGUUACCGCCCGAUUCGGAUGCAAAUACAGAUUUUUAUGCACUAAGCACUCUAUUAAAUGUUGACUCAAGAACGUUUGCAACAACAUUUGAUGACUUUUUGGAUAGAUGUUCAUACAAUGAGCAGACAAGGAUUCUUAAGGAAUGUGAUAAAAAUAAGAAAAAUAUUUUACACUUGUGUGUUGAGAAACAGAAGCAGAUCAAGUUGAAAUUUUUAUGGAGAAAAAUUGAAGGACAUUUUGAGAAUUUUGAGGAUUUUAAAGCUAUAGUCACGAAGGAGAGCCUUCCAUUUAGAUACAAUGUUUUUCAUGCUGCUGUGGUUUAUAAUAAAAAUAUUGACUUUCAUGAGAUUUUUUGGACACUGUCAAUCGAGUCGUUUAAAGAUCAAAGCGAGUUGCUGAAUAUUUUGCUGAAAAAGGACAUAAAUGGCAACAAUGUAGUACAUCUGAUGCUACUCGAGAAUAAAUCUGAUGUGAUUGAAUAUUUGUUAAUAUUUUUGAGAGAGAACCUUCAAAAUGAAUUAUUCAAAGACAUUCUUGCAUCUAAAAAUGUCAACGGAAAUAACUUGAUACAAGUCGCAAUUAUCCAAAAAUAUGGACUGUCAUAUCUAGAAAUAUUGUGGAAUAUCUUUAAUGAUACAUUUGAUUCAGAAUUUAUGGACAUACUAACGCAGACAAAUGUAGAAAGGAACAAUGUCUUUCAACUAGCUGCGCGAUUCUCGUCAAAUCCUGAAAUCAUUAAGUUUAUGAUUGAAAAACUUGAUUCAAGUGACUUAAUUAAGCUACUUCUUAAAAAUAAGGAUAGGUUCAAUAGAAAUAUCCUUCAAUCAGCAGCAAGGCAGAAUGAGUCACUAAACUGUCAUGAAUAUUUAUGGGAGAUUAUUGAAACCCAUUUCGAUACCCAAGAUUUAAUAAAACUCAUCAAUAAUCGUGAUAAUGACAACGAUAAUGUCCUUCAUUGUGCUGUAUCUAAUAAUAUUAAUGCAAUAGCUGAAUACACAUUGAAAACAAUUGAAUUAAUUUUAGAAGAAGAUGAACUAGUCAAGUACCUGAAGCUCAGAGGACAUAGACGUAAAAAUCUUAAAAAAUUGUCCUUGGAAAAUACAAAGGAUCAUGAAGUUGUUGAAUGGGUGGAAAAUAUAAUAGGUUCAAUUUACAGUAAACACCCUCAAGGAAGUCCAACGACAAUUUUAACAAUUUCAAGAGAUAAACAGCUGAACGUCAAUAAUGAAAAGUUACAGGAAAUAUUCAAUCAUCCAGAUGUGACGGAUAGACAGAUUGUUGUAAUUUCUAUCAUUGGAGUUCCAAAAAAAGGAAAAAGCUUUAUUCUCAAUUAUUGUUUGCGGUAUUUGUAUGCGCAUUAUCCAUCAAUAAACCAUCCUGACAAGUUUGAUUCAAAUCAUUCUACAAAUUGGAUUGAAGAUGAUGAUGAGCCUUUAGUAGGAUUUACAUGGAAUUGUGCCAAUAAUUGUGACGAAAGCUCUUUAAUAUUAUGGAAUGAUGUGUUCUUACCUAGAAGUAAUAAUGUCUCCGGAAAGAUAGCAAUUAUGGUUAUGGACACUCAAAAUUGUAUUGAACAUGGAUCCAGCAUGUUCAACUUCACCGCAUUAUUUUCAUCAAAAUUAAUUUUGAAUUUUUCUUGCAUGCCAAAUGAAAAUAUUUGUGAAUCACUGAAAGAUGAUGUUGAGGAAGUGAUGAGAAAACUUGGAGACGAACAGGCAGAACGUAAAAUAUUCCAAAACUGCACUUUCCUUUUCAGGGAUUGGGAACAUUUAAAUAAUUACAAAAUUAAAAACAGAAAAAAUAUAUUAGACAAGAUUUUUACGACUGAAAACGAUGAAAAGCGAGAUAUGAAGCGACUCAAAUUGCUUAUUGAAAGUUUAUAUGAGAAUCUUAGUUAUCACAUGCUUUCUUAUCCUGGCAAAUCAGUUCAUUCAACAGUAGUUAAAAGCUCAAGUUAUGAUGGCAAUUGGGGUGAAAUGGAUGUAGACUUUAGAGACGAACUUGUCAAUUUCAUCGAAAGUGAAUUAAAAUUGGAUAAUUUAGCACCGAAAAAUAUUAAUGGACGGAGUUUGAGAGGAUCAGAAUUUUUAGAAUAUAUCAAGUAUCAACUUGAAGCUUACAAGUCAGGCAAAUCUAUUGAUUACAAUGCUUAUGGUUAUGAAAUGCCAGAGCUUGUGUGCUGUGAUAAUGUUAGUAAAUCUACCAAAUCUAAUGAAAGUAUGAAUUCCAAUAAAUUGGUUGAUGACGAUAUUGGAAGACAUGAAGAAUAUAGAAAUAUGAGGACUGAGGGUAACUCACAAAAUGUGAAUAAAAGACAAAAUUAUGAACUUUCUGAAAUAACAUCAAAAAGUCAAGAUUCAAGUCUGAUGAAAUUUCCAGUCGAUCAGAUAAUGGAAUUGAUUGUUGAAUCGCUAGUCGAAGAGUACAAGGAUUUAGUCCAUAGUAAAUCAGGAGCAGCUUUAGAUGCAUCAGAUCAGUAUAAGCUUCAAGAAUAUUGUGAAAGUAUCAUUGUCGAAAAAUACAACGUAUCAGCAAAAAUAGUGAACAAUGAAAAUAAAAUAAAAUUUAAAAUUCUUUUAUGUGAUAAAAUUAAGGAAUUAAAUGAAAGGAUGAAUACUGAAGAUAAAUUGGAUAAGCUGAUUUAAAAAUUGUGGAAUUGGAAAAACUUGAAGAAAGUCAAAAUAAAAUGUUCAAAAAUAUGGAGAAAGAUUUGAAAGUUUCAAAAAAUCGAAAUGAACAGGAUCAAGUAAAAGGGAAAUCCAAUGUCAAGCUAGCACUUGAAAAGCAACGGCUAUUUAGAAUAAUAGCUGAAAUAAAUGCACAAAAGUGUCUUCGCAAAGUAAAAUAGAAAUUAAAAAAUUGUGACCAUAAAAAUUUGAUUAUCAAUAUUUAUUCAAGUAUUUACAUACUAAAUUAGAAAUUAGGGUAUCUAGGCAGGAUGUUUGCAAUAAAAUUGAUUUUUUAAAAAAAUUCUUUAAAUUUUGAUGUUCUUUUAUUAAAUGAUUGGAAUCGUUACUUUCCAGCCUUCAACAUUACAAAGGUUGAUGCCUCUCUGCAUACGGAAAUAUCCACGCUCACCAAAAUCAGUUC